AAAAAAGAUGUGUCGGGGAAAAAGCACUUAUGCAAAGCAAUCUUCCUGGAAGGUGAGGAGACAAGGACAACGAUGACGAAUGCGCAGAGGCUGGCCGUGACGGUGGUGGGUCGGAGAGGACUGCAGACGAGUGCGGCUUUGGCGAAACUAGAGCCGAGGGGAAAGCCACCGAGAAGACCAGGCGGGAGGGGCGCGCAAGGGCGCCAGCAGCAGCAGCAGCAUGGCCAUCGACCGUCGGGAAGGCCGGCACUGUCCGACGAAGCAAACAAGGCGCUGGCCGAGAGGAAACGAACAAUGGAAGAAGGGCUCUGGAAGACAAUUGCCAAGCACGAGUCUGUCUUGGAAGAGCUUCGAAGACGGCCCGGAGGUGCAUUUGGACGAGCUUCAAAGACGAGAAAGAGGGAGCUGGACGACGUCUUGCCCGGCGACUUUGUGGAGCUGAGGACGUCGAGCUCGUCGAACUCAGCUUCAAAUGUUGGUGUUGUCCUUCCAACGCCGAGCAACGUGGCGGUCUCAGGUACUUCACAGGCAAUCUUCGUCGUGGGCGCCACGGGAAGCGUGGAAGUAUUCCGUGCGCCCGAUGUUGCAUUAGCAUUCAUCGAUUUCGUCGAUCCGAAGCUGGCGGACGCCGCGUCAAUCUCGCCACAGACGCCAGCAACCGCAUCGACACAGGAGGUUAUUGAGGAGCCGUUCGAUGAGGCGCGCUUCACCGCACGGGCUCAGAUCUGCACGAGGAUCAGGGUACUGCAGCGGCAGGCAGAGACGGCGAGGCAGAGAUUGAUGCCGGCCUUUGAGUCCCUCUAUCUCGCCGAACGAGACGAGAAAGACAUGAGCCAAACGCUUGAAGAGCAGACGUUGACGACGGUCGAAGUAGCCAGGAAGCUCUUGGAAAGUACUGGGUCAGAAUCGGUCGAUGAAGAAGCCGACUCGCCGGCAAUAUUGCUGGCCACGCACCAGCUGCUCAUGAGUCAGCCGCGGCGCUUCAUCUCCGAUGGGCUCUCGCACCGAACGACGAAUCUCUUUUUGAAACGACCAGAGAGGGACAGACUGGCUUUGCGCGACGUCGAGACGUGGGUCAACGACUGUCAGCUCUACGAGGGCGGUGCAGCUGGAUUGGGCGCUCAAGCAAAGGAUGUCAUCGAUGGCUUCUGUAGCCGCGCUGUCCGGAUCAUGGAAUCGCGCAAGGGAACCGUGAGGGCCGAGACAGAGCCGGCAGGAGCCAAGAUGGGCGCGAUGGAGGUUGCGUGGGCAAAGGAGGACCUCGUCAUCUUUGACUUUCUCAGGGCCACCUUGGGCGAACGCCGCACACUGCAGGGCGACCACUACAGCGCACUCGCCAUGUUCCUCGUCAAAAGAUGUGGCCUGGCACAGAAGCUGCCUCCCACGCCCCACCUUUACGACGAAGAGCCACCGACGGCUGCGCUUGCAGAUGUGGUCGGGCUGUCUCAGACCCAGGCUGCGGUGUGCGACUUCCUGAUCAGAGUGGGUCAGCUUGCACCAUCGCAAGACCUGACCACGCUCGAGACCGAAUUCCAGAUCCUCUUUCCCAAGGAUACGCCUUCAGAAACGGCAAAGAGCAAACCAGCUCUCGUGGACCUGGACGGCGAUCGAAAGCGAGAGCAGCUCGAUUGCCCCAUUUUUGUGAUUGACGACGCUUCAGCACAGGAGCUCGACGACGGUGUCGGCAUCGAAGCAACAUCGGACCCGGACGUCCCCUGGCUCCACAUUGUCAUCGCUGACCCUACGGCCAGUCUCGGUCCGCGCGACGGCGUGGCCCGCGACGCUCGUAAAAAGCACAGCAGCGUCUACCUGGUCAACGAAACCCAUCCGCUCCUUCCCCAGCCACUCAUCGAGCCUCACGGGCUAGGCAAAGGCACCAAGAAGGGGCUGAAGUUCAGUGCCAAGAUGAAACUCUCGACUGCCGAAGUCUUGGACGUGAAUGUAGGGCUUGCGUGGCUCAAGGAUGUCCGAGUGACCUCGUACGACGCCGUGGACCAGCUUCUAGGCUCUCAAGCCCAGGAUGAUGAGGUAAGAAGACUAAACCAAGUCUUUGACAUCGCCUGCAAGCUCGAGAAGAGGCGAAAAGUAGUCGGAGGUGCCUUCGUGGCGCCCUACCUUCGAGCCAGCGCCCAUAUCUCUCCUGAUCCGUCGACCCUGGGAGAUUCGUCUCUGCAAGACAAUGACGGUCCUUACUCCAUCUCGAGAGGAUACCCAGAGAUCAAUAUCAUCAAGCCCUCGCUUGUCGAAGCGGGUAUCGGCCCCAGCCAGACAAAAUCGAGAGGCAUGGUGGCUGAGCUCAUGAUCUUGGCCGGUCGGAUCGCGAGCAUUUAUGCGUCUGCAAACGACCUCCCCCUCUACUUUCGAACACAGGCGAAGCCUUCGGCUGCAGAAGACCUCGCCAAGCUCGAGAGGAUGAAAGACGAUGAAGGCAUCGUUGGCUAUCGGGACCUUCUUGCCUCCGGAGUGAGGAUCAGUGCAGCCUCGGCCAGCGACGUGCCGGGCGAGCAUUUCAGCAUGGGCAUCGGUACAUUGGCCGAGCUAGAACACCCAUCGGACGACAUGCUCAAGAAAAGCGGCUAUGUCCGCGCUACCAGCCCGCUGCGACGGUAUCCCGAUCUCGUGGCCCAUUGGCAGAUCAAAGCAGCUUUGGCUGGCGCAAAGCUGCCAUUUGAUCGCGAGACGAUCCGCGCCGACAUUCCCCGCAUCGUCCGUAUGGAUGCCUGGCACCGUGCCCUCGAGCGGUCCUCGCAGCGCUUCUGGAUGACAAUGAAGCUUGCUAGAGUAUUUGAGAGCGAGCCGACCUCGCCGCUCUUGGGCCCACUCGACGCCCUCGUCACUUUGCCAGACGUUCGAGUUGCGAUGGACCUCCAGGCGAGGGUCCGCGUUCAGAUCCUCGAUACCGGACUACCUGUUGAGUGUAUGUGGGGCCAAAGGGAGCCGGCACCGGAGUCGGGCACUGCCCUGAAAGUUGCUGUGAGGGACGUUGCCGUUCAUGGCAUGAAGGGAAGCGUCUUGGUCGAGCGCGUGUAACGCACAACGGGCAUUGUAAAAUAUUCCUAGCAUCAAACAUCCUGUACAUCACCACUCUGGCAAAUUUACAUCCCAACCAGUGUCCUCAAUUGGACUUUCGAGAGCCGGAUGGUGGCGUGAGAGUCGGCAAGGGGAGCUAGGGGAAGCUGGGCUUGAGCGAAGCCGCCCAAUGACCAAGGGCGU